AUGCGUAUCGCAAAGUCCAAAAAACCUCACAGCAUCGUGCUGGUAAGAAAACCAUCUCACGAUGUUGCUGCACAUCGUGGGCCACCAUGCCCACGUUACUGGAAUUGGUAUGAGGGGAAUUGUUACUACUUCUCAAAGGAAGAAAAAGAUUGGUCCUCCAGUCAGAAGUUCUGUGCUGCACAUAAUGCAUCCCUGGCUAGGAUCGAAAGUGAGGACAUGGAUUUUGUCAUGAAAUACAAAGGCAAAAGUUCCUACUGGAUUGGCCUCAGAAGAGAGAAAGGACAACCAUGGAAAUGGAUCAAUGGAGAUAAUUCAGUGUUGCAGGUGAUUGGUGAUGGAGGAAACUGUGCAUAUCUGAAUGAUGAGGGUGAAGCCACAGCCAGCUCCUCCAUGUGCAAUAUAGAACAUCUUUGGCUGUGCCGCAAAUCUGAUGCAUCAGCUAGUUCAAGCGUUAUAUGA